UCAAGUUUGUGUCUGCAGCAUGAAUCCGUUCCGUCGGUGGUCAGGCAAACCAUCCAAGAACAACUCGCCCAGUAAACCUCGCAAGGACAGCUUCAGUUUGGAGUCGCCACCGUCGUUGAGGCACGAGAUCCUCGAGCGAGAGCCGUCGAUGGUGGCCACACCUGCCCUCACACGCCCGUCGGAGCCGUCCCAGAUCGACGCCUUGUUUCGCGACAUGAUGGACAAGAUGCCCUUGUCGAACGCAGCUGCCGAUCGCAUGUGGGCAUUGCCCAUCAACCAAAAGUGGCAACUCGUCCAGGAAUGGUCGAAAAAGCACGAGCACGAGCGACAGCACGACAGCGCCGACCGCCAGCCGAUAUUUUGGGUGCACAAACUGCAGGAAGUGCUUAUGGAAACCACGUCGCCCCUGACAGAAGACCAAGCGAGGGGGCUGCACGUCCUCAUGCGCGGCGCGUCGAAAGAGUGGCUGCACAAGUUUCAUCGCGCUGGAGGCGUCACGAGUUUGUGCGAGUACAUGGCUGCGUUGGCUUAUCGGGCGACUGAGAUGGCGGACUCAGCGUUCGCUUACGACAAUGCGAUUCUUCUCGAAUGUCUUCGUUGCUACAAAACUCUCAUGUCCAAUCCAUUUGGCUUGGAAUUGCUCCUCGACUCGACCGACCACCACGUCGACACACUGGCACAAUGUUUGGACUUUUCACACUUUUCCCAGCAACUGGUCACCACGACGGUGCUGGAAAUGCUGUCUGUCUUCUGCUGGCGCUCGGAACGCGGACAACUGGCCGUACUGCAGGCCAUGGGGUCGUACCAACGUACCCACAAAGAGCGCGCGCGGUUCGCGAGCCUGGUGCACUGCCUCAAAGCCUCCGACAGCUCGGACCUCCACGCGGCAUGCUUGACGUUCAUUAACACGAUCGUCAGCGCCAGCCCCCGGCUAGAGGACCGGGUGCACGUUCGCAACGACUUUUUGGCACUUGAUUUGCUCGUUGUGUGUCACGCCAUCCAGGCGAAAAUGGAGGCCCCGCCCAGCCCCCCCCGGUUGGGGGGACUGGUAGAUCCGUCCUUCGACCAGAAGCCAAAGCCACCCCCGUCCAAGGCGGCGUUUGUAAAGCAGCUGCGUGUAUUUGAAGGGUUUAUGGUGUCCGACAUGGAAGAUGCCGCGACCAACGACGUCGACUUGACCAAUUUGGAGGCUGUCUUCACCCAGCUCAAGGCGUCCGCCAGUCGGUACGGGUUUACCGACCGCCUCUUAAAUGUCCUGCUGGCCAUGAUGGGCAUCCCGGGCGAAGCUACCAUGGGCACAAAGAUGUGGGAGCUCGCAGAAGAGUCGUUGCUGCAGAUCACGUCGUUGCAUUCAUACAAUGACCUCACCAACGCCCCACGCCAGCUGUCCUUUGAAUGGGUGCGCGAACUGCAAGACAGCGUCGAAGUGUUUCAGACCAAAGUGGACACCAUUGCGUCCUUAGAAUCGACCAUCGCUGCGAUGGAAGCGCAGUCAAAAAGAUGUCAUGCCACGGUGAAGGCAAGGGACCAGGAGAUCGUCAACCUCAAGACGACGUUGGAGUACGUUUACGCGGAGCAGCUCAAACACCAAUCGAUUGUGUCCGAGUCGACCCAGACGUGUAGCCCUGCCGUGUCUUCGUCGGCGAAUCAAACCGAUGAAGUGCAUGGUCGUUCGUUCGCGGAAACUCAAACCGAUGACGUGGCACCACCUACGACAAGGGAUUUUCAGUACGAAACGUUUUUUCAAGCGAUGCGUGCUGGCACGAUGUCGCAGGAUCAAGUGGAGGUGGCCAUGCGGGCUCAAGGGCUGGACCCAGCGGUCCUCUUUUACGGCUCACAAGCCCUUCCACCGAGAUUACCCCCACCCCUGGUCACAGUUGUGGAAGAAAUUCCGGAAAAGUACUUGAAAUUGAUCAAAAUGGGCAUGCCAAAGGAGCAAGUGGCGUUGAAAAUGAAAGCCGACGGAGUGGACCCGUCGCUGCUGGACACGCACGAACGCUCGACAUCCCAGCCCCGUGUCAUCGAGCCCACAAUCGAAUCACCCGUUGGUCCUAAAGCACCGGCUCCCACCAAUAUGACGGAAACGUAUGUCAAGCUGCUGAAAAUAGGAAUACCCUAUGAACAAGUGGCGUUGAAGAUGUGUGCAGAAGGGCUUGACCCUGGUCUCCUCCCCAAACUCACGGCAUCUCCACCAUCGUUGGAACCACCACCCGUACCUCCUGCCGCCACAGUGAUCAGUCACUCAGGCGUUGAAAAGUAUGUGAAGUUGAUUAAGAUGGGGAUGCCCAAGGAACAUGUGAAGAUAAAAAUGAAGGCCGACGGCGUCGAUCCUGCAGCGUUGGACGCAGCCCACUCAUCCAGUCCUCCACCUCCGACGACGACGACAACAUUGGUUCAACACGUGGCAGCUCCGGAGGUGUCGGUUGAUCCUAAACACGAAAAGUACAUCAAAUUACUCAAGAUGGGCAUGCCAAAGGAGCAAGUGGCGUUGAAAAUGAAGGCCGAAGGGUUGGAUGUGUCAGUGCUGGACACACCAAGUGUGGGUGUCGCCUCAGAGGGGCCGUCGAUUGCUCCAAGCGCAGAGCUACUAUCACCCCCACCGCUGGACCCCAAGUACACCAAGUAUGUCAAGCUGCUGCAAAUGGGGAUGCCACUAGAACAAAUCGAAGUCAAAGUCAAAGCCGAAGGUCUGGACCCGUCGAAGCUCACAUUAUUAGCUCACAGGACAUCGCCAUCACCACCACCACCAAUAACAUCGUCGCAGGACGAUGUUUCCUGCGAGUCCUCCAAGCUGCCGCCUUCCCUCCCCCCUCCGGUUGCCGUGACAGUGACCCCGCCCCCAUUGCCCCCUACCUUCAAACUUCCCCCCAAGCCCUCCACUGUGCCCACUGUAAAACUACGCAGUUUGUACUGGACACCCCUUCCCGACGCGGCGGUCGAAGGCUCAAUUUGGCUCAACUUGGACGAGACCAAGCUCGGGUUGGACUUGGGUAUCCUGGACAAGGAGUUUGGACCGGACAAGAAGACUGACCCGUUGAUGUUGUCGUCGUCGCCCACCAAGACUGGGAAAGCGAUUUCUACGACUGCCAAGCCCAAGGUCGUGCACUUGGUGGACUCGAAGCGCCAGCAGAACUGCUCCAUUGCGCUCUCUCGCUUUCGAAUGGCGCCCAAAGACAUUAAAGCGGCGAUCGUCGCGUUGGACGACAACGUGUUGACGUUAGAACGGUGCGUCGUGGGAUAAUCACGUACGUUUUCAGCACGUCGUCGCAUGAUUUGUGGUGGUGUUUCAGGAUUCAAAGCUUGGCGGCGAUGGUGCCCACGGCCGACGAAGUGGACCUGGUCAAAGUACGUGGCAUACGGCUAGAACGACCACAGUAACUCCAAUGUAUCACUGUAGGGAUACGAAGGGGACGUGGCGUUGCUCGGGGAAACUGAAAAGUUCUUCUUGGCGAUUUCCGACCUUCCGCGCUUGGCGCAGCGACUCAAGGCGAUGGAGUCGACGUGGACGUUUGGCCAGCGCUUCGACGAGGUCAAGGGCAAACUGAAACUGCUGGACCAGGCGUAUGGGGAUUUGAAACGGUCGACCAAGUUGCUGUCGCUGCUCCAAGUGGUGCUGGCGGUGGGCAACUACCUCAAUGGCGGCACCCCCCGGGGAGGUGUCUACGGCUUUAAGCUGGACAUUCUGCCCAAACUGUCCCAAGUGAAAGCCACAAGCAGCGCCAACAAAACGUUGUUGCAUGUGAUCGCAGAGUACGUUGCGACCAGCGUACCCGACGCCAGCGACUUUUACGAAUCGCUUAACAGUUUGGACGAAGUUUCCGCCAUCUCGUUCACGUUGCUCCAGAACGAUGUGCAUAUGAUCGAGGCCUCGCUCGUUCAAAUCGACCAAGAGAAACCACAUCAAGACGAUGUGUUUCGUGCGAAAAUGGGAUUGUUCUUGGCCGCCGCGCAGUCGGAUUGCCAGUCGUUGCAGGCCAAUAUGGCGUCAUUCCAGAGCAAGUUUCACACACUCACGCUGUCGUUUGGCGUCGACUCGACCAAGCCGACGUCGGACGGGGUAACGAAGUUGACAUUAUUGCAGCUGUGAUAACGUUUCAUGCGAUAUGGGACGUACAGGACGCUGUGCAAGGGUUUUUUGGCACGUGGUCAGACUUUUGCAAAACGUACAAACGAGUGGCCACCGAGAACGCUGCCGCCAAAGACAAGCUGUCGAAGCAGGAAGCGGCCAAAGCGAAACAAGACGAGUCCAAGCGCGAUCUGUUCCAGCAGUUUACAGAUUCGCUGGAGGGUGACGCGAACGACAUCGUGGCCAACUACCGGUCGAGACACCACAAAGGCGGCGAAGGGGGAGUCGUUGGCGGGCUCCUGCGCAAGGAUAUCUCCCGGCGGAGGUUGAGUUCGACCGCCGGGCCUGCCUCGUAGAAAAAUCGAGUUGUCCCAUCCGGAUAAACUAUAUAAUGCACAAGGUCGUGUGAGUUCAGAG